UACUCAAUCUGGUCAUUCAGUCCGAGUUCUCAACUAGUGAAGUGUGUAUUGGAUAGCGUUAAGUAGCCACAAUGGAUAUCAAAUUACAAGUAUUAGCUUUAGUCAUCGGUUUCUUGGUGCUAAGUGUACCGACCAGUGGAAUUCCAGGAGGAUACAACAGCGAUAGCAUUUUCGAAGGCGUUUGUCCGAAUGUUACUGUUAUGCAGAAUUUCAAUCGAGAACAGUUCUACGGCAAUUGGCAUGAAAUCACCCGAAUCGAACACGACCUUCAACGGAGCACCGAUUGUGUCACAUUGGAUUUCGAAAAGUUGUUAACCGGAAUUGCCGGCAUUCAGUUUGAGUCACAAUUUUUGAGCAACAACUCGGAUCUUAACCGAAAUGGUAUCGCAUUUGUUAGACGGCCAGCUGAUAAUCAGGGCGAAUUUGAUGUAGUAUGGGAGGCCGAUCAAUACUCUGACUAUGACAACAACACGCAAUGGUUCCGCUUCAGAAUCAUAGAGACGGAUUAUACGAGUUUCGCAAUUAUGUACGAUUGUAACGAAUAUAAUGCAACGUUUGCAACAGAUUUCUUCUGGGUGUUAUCAAGAAAUCGUGAACUAGCAACAGAUGCACAGACUAGAGUAGAUGCAUUCCGUGAUCAAUGGAAUAUUACAACAGGUGUCAGAGACACGGAACAAGGGUUUUCAGUGUGUAACAGCAGUGGGGCAUUGUUCAUUUCAUGGCUGCUGGUGAUUGCAGCAAUUGGUUUAAUCAAAAUCAUGUAGUUAUGGACUUUGCAACAGUAAGCACUUUUCAACUGUAAAUGAUGACACAAUAUGGCGGUGUUACAUGUUUAAUUGUUUCUUGACACAAGGACAUAUUUUAUGAUUCUUAGUAUUUAAUAAUUGAUUGAACUUAGACAGAUAUAAGUAUUGAUGGAAAAAUUAAAGAUUUUCUCAAGAAAAAAA